UUGUUCUCUGCUGUGACAUAAUCAGCUCUAAUCUGAGUUAAUCUGUUCCCUCCCCCUCCGCUCUGGCCUGGCCUGGCCUGGCUCGGCUCGGCUCACCUCAGUGUGUUCUGACCUGCAGCGAUGAGAGACGCGGCUGUGGGGGGGUUCCUGGUGGAGCCGUGGCCCGAGGGCAGCUCCUCGGAGACGGAGGCCGGCUGGGACGGCCUGAAGCUUCAGUGUGCAGCUCUGCUGGGACUCACUCUGAUCUGUGUGUGUGUGUUGAGGCGGUGGAUUGCAGGUGGAGUGUGUCGCUGUUCGGCUCGUCUGGAUGGAAAGACGGUUCUGAUCACCGGAGCAAACACCGGCAUCGGCAAAGAGACGUGCCGCGACCUGGCAGCCAGAGGGGCCCGGGUGGUGAUGGCGUGCAGGGAUCUGACCCGGGCAGAGCGGGCGGCGGAGGAAAUCCGUCGGUCAACAGGAAACGGAAACGUGGUGGUCCGACACCUGGACCUGUCCUCGGUUUACUCCGUCAGACAGUUCGCUAAAGACUUCCUGGACGGGGAAGACAGGCUGGACAUCCUCAUCAACAACGCAGGAGUGAUGAUGUGUCCCAGAUGGCUGACUGAAGACGGUUUUGAGACUCAGCUGGCUGUGAAUCAUCUGGGUCACUUCCUGCUGACCAAUCUGCUGCUGCCGAUGCUGCAGAGCUCCGCCCCCAGCCGUGUCAUCAUCGUGUCGUCCAUGGCCCACCGGGGGGGUCGUAUCGACUUUGACGAUUUGUUCUUCAGCAGCAAGAAGUACAGUUCUCUGGAGAGCUACAGACAGAGCAAACUGGCCAACGUCCUGUUCUGCAGAGAGCUCGGCCGGCGACUCAGAGGCUCCGGUGUGUCAUCGUUCUGUCUCCACCCGGGUGUGAUCCGGACCGAACUGGGCCGCCACGUUAACGGCUGGUUCCCCCUGCUGGGGGCGCUGCUGGCCGUCCUCUCCCUGAUGUUCAUGAAGACUCCCAGGCAGGGCAGCCAGACCACCGUGUACUGUGCCGUGACGCCAGGACUCGAAGGAAAAUCAGGACGGUACUUCAGUGACUGUGCAGAGAAGGAAGUCGCUCCAGAGGGGCGGGACGACGUUGUGGCGAGGAAGCUGUGGGAGGAGAGCGCCCGAUUGGUCGGAUUAAAGGACACAUGCUGACCUCUGACACACACACACACACAGACACACACACACA